AUGAAUCUGAAUAAGGUUUUCGAGACGAUGUCGCUGGAAGAAGAAGAUGUUCCGAUCAACCUCCCUGAUUUGCCUCAAUUCAGUGCAGUUGAGAGCAACAAGUUGAGUAUCAUCGGCAGGAUUUUGAAUCCUGAGAGUCAGAGGAUGAAGGAUCUGAUAUUGGAUAUGCCACGAAAGUGGCAAGUGUAUGGCAGAGUUCGUGGGGUAGCCUUGUCUCCCACGAUGUUUCAGUUCACGUUCAAGUAUGAACAUGAUCUAGAGGAAGUAUUAAGGAAGCGUGUUUGGACUUUCAAUGAAUGGAGUAUAGUCAUAGAUAGAUGGUUGGAGAAGCCUCCUGAUGACUAUUUGAAGUAUUUACUGGUGUGGGUUCAGCUCAGGAACAUCCCAGUGAAUCACUACACUAAGGAGGCUAUUGAAGCUUUUGCGGAUAAUUUGGGUAAGGUGGAUAUUGUGGCACCAGUUAGGAAAGCUAAGGUUUUUAAUCUUCCUGGUGGAGACUCAGUGACGAUCAGAUACGAUUUUGAGCGUGUUCAGAAAAGAUGCUACCAUUGUCAACGGCUUACUCAUGAGAAGGACAAGUGCCCUAUACUUGUUCAAGAGAGGAGAGACCAAGCAGUUGUGCGUCGACAGAAGGUUCUAUUGGAAAAACAGAACAAUAAACUGAAGCUCCAACGAGAUGAUCCACUCUUUGGGGUUCUAAGUGACGAGCAAGUUGGACUGGACUCUGCUACAGGAAGGCGCAAGAUUAGCCCUGAGGUUCUUCAGAAUAUGAGGGAGUACUUGCUUGCGUCGGAAGGGAGUGACAGACGUGUAAGGGAGGAAAGAGUGAAGAAAUCAGUCAUGGACUUGGUGAAUGACCCGAUAGGUCAGAGAGAUUUUAUGAGAUUGGAAGCUCCUCCUAUCGUCACAAGUGAGGUGAAUAUUGAUAAGGGACCGGUGUUUGAUUACUCUUUGAAGAAUGUGGAGAAUCAGAUGUUACGUCGUAAGACAACAGAGAAAAGCAACCACAAGCUUCACGAUGAUAGGCGAGGCUCUGUUUCGUCUCCGGCUGGAGAUGGCAGGAGAUUCUUGGACUCUCCUCUUGAAUUUUUUGAGUGUUCAACGGGUUUUAGUGCUGGUUGCUCAGGUGCUAACUCUUCCGGGACCUCAAAGAUCAAGAGUGGGAAACGCUUUCGUCCACCCAAGAAGAUGAGGAAGUUCAGAGCAAAAACUGACGGUGAGGUAAGAGGGGAGGGAAGUGGAACAGAUCGGACUGAGACUGAUGAGAAGAGUUCAGUAAAGAGAAGAGCAGAGUGUGUGGCAGGGGAGUUCAUGAGAGUUGCGCGAAGGUCAAAAUUAGAGGUGGUCCCAAAUGGGGGACUGCCCAAUCAAUAA